AUCAGCAUAGUAGAAGGGAAAGAAAAAAGGACCCAAUACUGUAUAUUUAGAAAAUAUCCAGUGGAUCAGCAGACAUAUUUAUUUAUUUGUUUGUUUUUUUAUUUAUAUUAUGUGAUGUUAGUCACCAUACAGGACUUCAUUAAUUUUUGAGGUAGUGUUCCAUGGUUCAUUAGCAGACACAUUUAAAAAACGACCAGCUGUGAACCUCACAGGGACAAAGACAAAGUCCAGUGUGUCUACGGAGGAAGUGGCUCCCUGGGUAGGGACUGCAUUACAGGAUGGACCAGGCCAGGUCCAGCAGUCUCGUCUCCAGUUCCCCAACACAGAUGUUCACUAAGCUCAUGGAGAAUGAAUGAAUGAAUGUAUGAGUGGCCGCUGUCUUCUCUUCACCCAGGAUCUCUUCUCUUCUGCCCCAAUGGCUCACACAGACCUAUAGAAUCCUCCACCUUGCAGACAGAACACCCAAGGAUCAAGAUGAGACUGUGACCCUCCAGGUCUAGCCAGGAAUUGACUAGCUCCCCGGUGUACACGGUGCUUCUCAGACAAGCCCCUCAGGUGGAAGAGACCUUAGGAGACUCACUGUGUCCCAGGCUUCAUGUGUCCUCAGAGGUCCUGGCCAGGUUCUGGUGCCAGAAGAAAGUGCUGAGAUGAGGGGCAGGACAUGGGCCUGCUCCUGCUCUCUCCUCCCCGCGUGGGUCUCCCUUGUGUCCAGCCAAGGGUGUGGCCGGCUCUGGGUAGAAAGCAGAGAGAGCUCUGAGCUGUAGUUCCUCUUCUGUGAACCACGAGGCCCUGUGCUCCUCCCCAGCUUCCCGUGGGUCCCCCUCAGCCUCCCUCCCGCUGUCUUUCUCUUCUCCCUCACCCACAGGAGGCCCACACACCCUCCAUCUCAAAGAUGCUGCUGCCGCUGCUGUUGCUUCUACCCCUGCUCUGGACAGGGUCCCUGGCUCAGUACUCAAGAUACCAGCUGCAGGUGCAGGAAUCCCUGACGGUGCAGGAGGGCCUGUGUCUCUUCGUGCUCUGCCGCUUCUACCCCAGGCACUACUGGCCCCAGUCUUCCCCUAUUCAUGGCUACUGGUUCCGGGAAGGGCCCAGUGCACACCACGGUGCUCCAGUGGCCACAAACAACCCAGAUCGUAAAGUGCAGGAGGAGACCCAGGGCCGAUUCCGCCUCCUUGGGGACCCCCGAGCCAACAAUUGCUCCCUGGACAUCAGAGAUGCACAGAGAAGGGACUCGGGGACAUACUUCUUCAGGGUGGAGAGACAGUCUUCUCCGAGCUACAGUUAUAGAGAGAACCUGCUUUCCGUGCAAGUGACAGCUCUGAGCCACACACCUGACAUCCUCAUCCUGGGGACCCUGGAGUCUGGACACCCCAGGAACCUGACCUGCUCUGUGCCCUGGGCCUGUGAGAGGAGCACGCCGCCCAUCUUCUCCUGGACGUCAGCUGCCCUCACCUCCCUGGGUCCCAGGACUCACCUCUCCUCCGUGCUCACUCUCACCCCACGGCCCCAGGACCACGGUACCAACCUCACCUGCCAAGUGUACUUUCCUGCAGCUGGUGUGAUGGUGGAAAGGACCAUCCAGCUCAAUGUCACCUGUGCCACACAGAACCCAACAACUGGUGUCUUCCUGGGACACAGCCCAGGUGACCUGCAGUUUUCUCCCUACCACCCUGAAUAUGGUCUUUAUCUUCCUCUGGUCUUUGAAGGACUGAAGCAUUUUCAGGAAACUGGGGAUCUGGUCAGGAGUGAUUCUAGGUGCUGUUUCGGGAGCUGGUAUCACCAUGCUGCUUGCUCUCUGCCUCUGCCUUAUCUUCUUUGGGAUUACCAGCAGGAGUCCAAGUCAGACCUCCCUGCUGACCCCACAAUCUCUGCAGGAGUGCCCCCCACCUCAGAAAUGGAGCAAGACCUGCAUUAUGCCUCCAUUAGCUUUCACAGAAUGGAGAAGGGCACCUAUGCAGAAUACUCAGAGAUCAGGACCCAAUGAGGAACCAUCUGGUGCAUCAGUCUUGGAGAGAGCAUCCAUACCCUCCAGGAAGGGGAACCAAAGGCUGAUUCUUGGAGAGUUAACAACCCCAUAGGCAAUGGGUUUACAAACUCCUGAAUGUGAGUUUCCUGCUAUAAAACUAAGGCUUUACAACCAGAGAGGCCUGGGGUGGAAUCCAUGCUCUCAUUUAUCAACAGUAUGACAUCAGGCAAACCAUUUUACCGCUUCAUGACUUGAUUUCCUGCUUUGCAAAAUGGGUAUAAGAUGUCCCACCUCACAGGGCUGCCACAAGGAGUAAAUAAAAGUGCAUAUAGAAAAAACCCAGCAGGACGCCUGGGUGGCUCAGUGGGUUGGGCCCUUGCCUUCGGCUCAGGUCAUGAUCUCAGGGUCCUGGGAUUGAGUCCCGCAUCGGGCUCUCUGCUCGACGGGGAGCCUGCUUCCUCCUCUCUCUCUCUCUCUGCCUGCCUCUCUGCCUACUUGUGACCUCUCUCUGUCAAAUAAAUAAAUAAAAUCUUAAAAGAAAAGAAAAGAAAAGACCCAGCAGAGGCCCUGAUGCACUGUGAGAGUUUAGUGCACACUAGUUCCUUCCCCCUUGAACAGAAAGGUGUUGGUGGCAUCUCACCUAGGCUGGGUGUGUUCUGUUGGGACACCAGCAAUGUGUCAGUCUCACUUUCAAAACCCUCCCAUGUUGUAAUCAUUUUGUAAUGUAUACAUAUAUCAAAUCAUUACAUUGUAUAAUUUAACCCAUACAAUGUUAUGUGUCAACUAUAUCUCAAUAAAGCUGGAAAAAAUAAA